CGGGGCCUCGGCUUUUUGAGGACGUAGACAAACAGGAGUCUUCCCAGUCCAGAACCAGCAGGAACCAGGACCCCGUCCAGGACCAAGUAGACCCGAACCAGGACUAGAACCUGAACCAGAACCAGGACCAGCAGGAACCAGAACCAGAACCAUGGUGGCCAAACAGAGGAUCCGCAUGGCCAACGAGAAACACAGCAAGAACAUCACGCAGAGGGGGAACGUGGCCAAGUCCACGAGGAACCUGGUGGAGGAGAAGGGGGUGGGGCCUUGGCUGCUGGCGCUCUUCAUCUUCGUCGUGUGUGGAUCCGCGAUCUUCCAGAUCAUCCAGUCCAUCCGGAUGGGCAUGUAAGCCCCGCCCACCAGGGGGCGGGGUCUCGGAGGAGGCGGGGCCAAGGGGGCGUGGCCACGGAGGCUCCGCCCCCACCUGCUAUAACAUUCCUGAACUCUGACAGCUGUCAAUCCUGCCCUGACGGACUCCGCCCCCUCACAGGCCCCGCCCACCACCAUCAUCUCACCUGUGCCUUUCUGUUGGCCGGAGCCGAGGCCCCGCCCACUUCCGGGGGGCGGGGCCUCCCUGACAGGAAGUGACUCUGCCAGGAGGGGGCGUGGCUUCGUUGGUUGUCUGCACCGUGUGCAGCCGGAACAUUCCUGACCAAUAAAAGCUUUGAUUCCAGCAGAA